AUGAAGGCCAACUACAGGUUCUCAAAUCUUUGUGGGACGGUAUAUCAACAAGGAAACAUCCUCUUCACAGCUGAUGGAAACUCUCUGUUGAGCCCGGUUGGGAAUCGAGUGACUGUAUUUGAUUUGCUCAACAACAAAUCGUAUACACUCCCUUUCCAGACACGGCAAAAUAUCUCCUUAAUCGCACUCAGUCCCUCCUCGAAUAACCUCCUCAUAGCGGUUGACCUCUCCGGUCGCGCACUUUUCGUCAACUUUCGUCGUCGAACGAUUCUCCACCGUCUUAAUUUUAAGAAACCUGUGACGUGCUUAACAUUUUCUCUUGAUGGAACACACUUCGCUGUUGGGCUUGAAGAGGAAGGUGGUGUGCAGGUGUGGAAGGUGCCGAGGAGUUUUGGUGUGGUAAGGGAGUUUGUUGCUGUUGAGCUCGUUAGGAAGUAUGUUGGGUUUGGAGACGGUGUGCAGAGUGUUGAGUGGUCGAAGGACAGUUCGUGCUUCAUCGCAACUUCGAAGGACAUGACUGCGCGGUUGUUUACGUUGAAUCCAUUAAAGGGGUUUCGACCGAAGACUUUUGCAGGGCACAGAGACGUUGUAAUCAAUGCAUAUUUUUCUUCGGACGAAAAGACGAUUUACACGGUCAGUCGGGACGGCGCAGUUUUUGUCUGGAGAGCAAAGCCGGUCGAGGACGAGCCAGAUGAAGGAUCAAGCAGCGAAUCAAAUAUCGAGCUCGAUGCACACAAUAAAGACUCUCCAGAAGCAGAAACGAAAAAGACGAAUGCGAUAGCAAAUACCCGUUGGGGCAUCUCAAAACGUCACUACUUCAACCAACCAGGGACGAAACUCGUCUGUAGCACCUUUCACUCCCCUUCCAACCUCCUCAUCGUCGGAUUUUCCACUGGUAUUUUCGGACUAUAUGAAUUACCGGACUUUACGAACAUUCACACACUCAGCAUCUCACAAGAGAAAAUUUCCUCCGUCGCUGUCAAUGCGAAUGGUGAAUGGCUUGCGUUCGGCGCGUCGAAGCUCGGGCAGUUAUUAGUAUGGGAGUGGCAGUCGGAAUCGUACGUCCUCAAACAGCAAGGACAUUAUUUCGAUAUGAAUACGCUAGCAUAUUCGAGUGAUGGUCAGUACGUAGCGACAGGUGGAGAUGACGGAAAGGUGAAAGUAUGGAACACCAGUUCCGGAUUUUGCUUCGUCACAUUUUCUGAGCACUCUGCUGCUGUGUCUGCAGUGGAAUUUGCAAAACAAGGGCAGGUGUUGUUUUCUGCUUCGUUAGAUGGGACUGUACGCGCGUUCGACCUUAUACGCUAUCGGAACUUCCGGACUUUCACCUCUCCUUCACCUGUCCAGUUCUCGUGUCUUGCGGUCGACCCGAGUGGGGAAGUUAUCGCGGCUGGGUCGACAGAUUCAUUCCAAAUUUUUCUAUGGUCCGUACAGACUGGGAAACUCCUUGACAUAUUAAGCGGACACGAAGGCCCCGUUAGCUCUGUUGCGUUUUCACCUGCGGGAAACGUACUUGCAAGUGGGUCAUGGGACAAAUCGGUAAGGAUAUGGAGCGUAUUCGAUCGUUCGCGGAAUGUCGAGCCCUUUCAGUUGAACAGCGACGUGUUGGCUGUGGCGUUUAGACCUGAUGGGAAGGAACUCGCUGCUUCCUCUCUAGACGGACAGAUUGCCUUUUGGGACGUCUCGCUUGGGAAACAGACCACUCUCAUUGAAGGAAGAAGGGAUAUCGCUGGUGGUCGAUCAGCCUCGUCUUUUCGGACUGCUGCGAAUAGCUCAAGUGCGGGGAAGAGCUUUAAUAGUCUUGCAUAUACGGCUGAUGGGUCAUGUAUCCUUGCUGGCGGGAACAGUAAGUACGUGGUGUUGUACGACGUGAGGGAUGGAGUUAUGGUGAAGAAGUACACUAUUAGCGAGAACCUAAGCUUGGACGGGACAGAGGAAUUUUUGGAUAGUAGACGAUUCACUGAAGCAGGGAACCUUGACCUCAUCGACGACCGUGGAGAUGAAUCAGACUUGGAAGACCGAAUAGACGACACACUUCCAGGCGCACAGCGUGGAGACCUAUCAAAACGUCGAUACAGACGCGAAAUCCGAACGAAGGGCUUGCGGUUCUCACCGACGGGAACCGCCUGGGCAGCAGCCUCCACGGAAGGCCUACUUAUUUACUCUCUCGACGACACACUCACUUUCGACCCGUUUGACUUGGACAUUGACCUGACCCCCGAGGCUGUCGUGCAAACUGUGAAGGGAGGAGAAUACUUGAAAGCGCUUGUUUGUGCUUUUAGACUGAACGAAAGUUAUCUUCUGAACUUCUCGUAUGAAGCGGUGCCGCGCGCUGAUAUCUCCCUUGUCACCCGACAAUUGCCGGUUGUGUAUUUGGAGAAGAUGUUGAGGUCUGUUGCUGGGAGGUUGGACCCUUCCUCAUCUUCGGUAGCGUCGGAUUCUAGUUCCAGUAUGCGCUCCCCGCAUCUUGAAUUUGAUCUUCUGUGGGCCCGGAGCCUACUCUUCGCACAUGGUCGCUACCUCCGUGAUCAUUCGAUGGAGUACGCGAGUGUGUUUAGGGCGUUGUGGAAGGGACUUGUGGACGCAGAACAGAGCAUAGCGAGGUUGUGCGACGAGAACUCUGCUACAUUGGCUUUUCUCAUCGAUCAGGGGAAAGCGAGGCAGGCAAGGGAGAAGGACCAGGAACAGGGUACAAGUGACGGCAUGGCUAAUAUCGGUGGCGAUGGGGAUGGCAUGCAGGUGGAUUCUUCAUGAAUCGACAUCGUUUUGACACGUGUAUUUUUUGUAUGCAGAUUAUCAAAAG